AUGACUUCGUAUGAUUCAGACUCGUCAGAGGGCGAGUUUCAAGAAACAAAUGUUCUCUUGGGUUAUGCUUCCAAGGAAGCAGAGGAAGGGGAAGACGUGAUCAGUCGUCUGGGAGGAACACCAGAAUGGCUAGACGACACCACCCCCUCUGCAGCCCUGGCACGCUGUAAAGUCUGCAACGACAUGAUGGUCCUCCUCCUUCAGAUAAACGGGGAACUACCAGAGCGCUUCCCCGGACACGAUCGACGCAUAUACGUCUUCGGGUGCCGUCGAUCCAGCUGUCGUAGACGCGACGGGAGCAUUCGCGCAAUACGUGGUGUAAGAGUAUGGAAGGAGGUAGAGGACACCAGGCGGGAGCUUCAACAAGAGGACGAAGAGAAGAAGAAGCAAGAAGAGCAACGGAAAGAAGAAGACAAGAAGAAUAAGGGACCAGGACUAGGCACUGCGCUGUUUGGCGGCUCGACAGGCAGCUUCGGGGCAGCAGGUGGCAACCCGUUCUCUACUGGUGGCGGCGGCGGCGAUGGGAACCCCUUCUCAUCUGGAGGAGCAGCAUCCAACCCGUUCAGUACGGAAAAGAAGCAGCAGUCGGAAGAGAAAGAGAAGCCCAGACCGAAGGCGGAAGAGGCGUCCAAGGAGACGCUGACCAGGACAUUCGCCGAGACGCUCUCGCUCAACAGCACGACAGGGUCAACAUCGACAGCGCUUCCCCCGCCGGAGCCGUGGCCAUCGCAGGAUGAACUGCCGUCCCCUUACCCGAUGCUAUACCUCUGCGACGCUGAGUACGAGACGCUGGACCCGACGCCCCAGUCGUCCAAGGGCCUGCCGGCGAACGCGCGCGUCGAGGGCGCCGACGCCGAGGAGCCGUCCAUCCUGGACCGCGAGGCCUUCGAGUCCACCAUGGACGCGGCCUUUCAGAAGUUCGCCGACCGCCUGUCCCAGAACCCUGACCAGGUCAUCCGCUACGAGUUCGGCGGCACCCCGCUUCUGUAUUCCAAGAACGACGACGUGGCCGCCAGGCUGGCCAAGGGUCCUGCCGUCGGCGUCCCCGGCUGCGCCAACUGCGGCGGCAGGAGGGCCUUUGAAGUCCAGAUGACGCCCCAUGCCAUCACAGAGCUGGAGGAGGAUGACCUCAGCCUAGAGGGAAUGGAGUGGGGCACUAUCAUCGUCGCCGUGUGCGAGCGUGACUGCAGGCCCAACGGCGUCGGGCUGGGCCAGACCGGUUACCUCGAGGAGUGGGCUGGUGUGCAGUGGGAGGAACUUGUCGAUAGAAAGUAG